AAUCUGUGUGUCAAUCACUUCUUAGGCUGGCUCUCCUUUGAAGGCAUGCUGCUGUUUUACACUGACUUCAUGGGGGAGGUGGUGUACGGCGGUGACCCCAAGGCCCCUCAUGACUCAGAAGCAUUUCAGAAAUAUAAUGCGGGAGUGAGCGUGGGCUGCUGGGGUAUGUGCGUCUACGCAUUCAGUGCUGCUUUUUACUCAGCACUCCUGGAGAAACUGGAGGAAUACUUCAGUAUCCGAACUCUCUACUUCUUUGGCUAUCUAUCCUUUGGGAUUGGCACUGGCAUUGCCACUCUGUCCAGGAACAGCUAUGUUCUUUUAUCGCUCUGUGUCACAUAUGGACUGCUGUUUUCUUCACUUUGCACUCUACCCUACUCGCUGCUGUGUGAAUACUACCACAGCAAAAAGUUUGUAGGACCGAAUGCGAAUGGGACCAAGCGGGGGAUGGGUGUGGACAUUUCACUGCUGAGCUGCCAGUACUUCCUUGCACAGAUCAUCGUUUCCAUAGUGAUGGGACCACUCACAUCAGUCGUGGGCAGUGCCAAUGGGGUAAUGUACUUUGCCAGCCUGACCUCCUUCAUCGGGUGCUUGUACUCUUCUCUGUUUGUGAUUUAUGACAUCCCUCUUGAUGAUAAUGGUGAGGAGCAGACUCCCCUCCUCAUGAAUGUCUGACUUAGCAAAUUCCACUUUCAAUCUGUUCAAGGAACUGACUCCUAGAAUAAGCCACUGGACAUUUGCACUUUCCCCAAGAUCCCACAACAUUAAGUCAUCAUUAUUCA